GCUCCCCGGGGGGCCGCCCUGAGGCGACGGCCAGCGGGACCCGCCGCCAUGACGGUCCCCAAGGACGUGCCCGACAAGCGACCCCGGGCCGGGCCCCCCGCCGACUGGACCCGCCGGGGGCCGCCCUGGGGGACAGAGGAAGAACGGCGCGCACGGGCCAACGACCGGGAAUACAACGAGAAAUUCCAGUACGCGAGUAACUGCAUCAAGACCUCCAAGUACAACAUCGUCACCUUCCUGCCCGUCAACCUCUUCGAGCAGUUCCAGGAAGUGGCCAACACGUACUUCCUAUUCCUCCUUAUCCUGCAGCUGAUUCCUCAGAUCUCGUCACUGUCCUGGUUCACCACCAUCGUGCCUUUGGUUCUCGUCCUCACCAUCACGGCUGUGAAGGACGCCACCGACGAUUAUUUCCGCCACAAGAGCGACAACCAGGUGAAUAACCGCCAGUCUCAGGUGCUGAUCGGUGGAAUCCUCCAACAGGAGCAGUGGAUGAACGUCCGCGUCGGCGACAUCAUCAAGCUGGAAAACAACCAGUUUGUGGCGGCGGACCUCCUCCUGCUGUCCAGCAGCGAGCCCCACGGGCUGUGCUACAUCGAGACGGCUGAGUUGGAUGGAGAGACCAACAUGAAAGUGCGCCAAGCCAUCCCCAUCACCUCGGAGCUGGGCAGCACUAGCAAACUAGCCAAGUUUGACGGCGAGGUGAUCUGCGAGCCCCCCAACAACAAGCUGGACAGAUUCGGCGGGACCCUGUACUGGAAGGAGAGCAAGUUCCCGCUGAGCAACCAGAACGUGCUGCUGCGUGGCUGCGUGCUGCGUAAUACCGAGUGGUGCUUCGGCCUGGUCAUCUUCGCAGGCCCUGACACCAAGCUGAUGCAGAACAGUGGGCGAACCAAGUUCAAGAGGACCAGCAUCGACCGGCUCAUGAACACGCUGGUGCUCUGGAUCUUUGGUUUCCUGGUGUGCAUGGGGGUGAUCCUGGCCAUCGGCAAUGCCAUCUGGGAGCACCAGGUGGGCGCCCGCUUCCAGGCCUACCUGCCCUGGGACGAGGCGGUGGACAGCGCCGCCUUCUCUGGCUUCCUCUCCUUUUGGUCCUACAUCAUCAUCCUCAACACCGUGGUGCCCAUCUCCCUCUACGUCAGCGUGGAGGUCAUCCGGCUGGGCCACAGCUACUUCAUCAACUGGGACAAGAAGAUGUACUGCGGCAAGCGUCGCACCCCGGCCGAGGCCCGCACCACCACCCUCAAUGAGGAGCUGGGCCAGGUGGAGUACGUCUUCUCCGACAAGACCGGCACCCUCACCCAGAACAUCAUGGUCUUCAGCAAGUGCUCCAUCUACGGGCGCAGCUACGGCGACGUGGUCGACGUCCUGGGACACAAAGCGGAGCUGGGAGAGAGGCACGAGCCCAUCGACUUCUCCUUCAACCCGCUGGCCGACAAGAGGUUCCUGUUCCGGGACGCGAGCCUGCUGGAGGCGGUGAAGGUGGGAGACCCCCACGCCCACGAGUUCUUCCGCCUCCUCUCGCUGUGCCACACGGUCAUGUCCGAGGAGAAGAGCGAAGGCGAGCUGUACUACAAAGCGCAGUCUCCGGACGAGGGCGCGCUGGUGACCGCCGCCCGCAACUUCGGCUUCGUCUUCCGCUCCCGCACGCCCAAGACCGUCACCGUCCACGAGCUGGGCCGGCCCGUCACCUACCAGCUGCUGGCCAUCCUCGACUUCAACAACAUCCGCAAACGCAUGUCCGUCAUCGUGAGGGACCCCGAGGGCAGGAUCCGCCUCUACUGCAAGGGGGCCGACACCAUCCUCCUGGAGAGACUGCACCCCCCGCCCCCCGAACUCCUCAGCGCCACCACCGACCACCUCAACGAGUACGCGGGGGACGGGCUGCGGACCCUGGUUCUGGCCUACAAGGACCUGGAGGAGGGCUACUACCAGGCCUGGGCGGAGCGGCGGCUGCAGGCCAGCCUGGCCCAGGACAGCAGGGACGCCCGGCUGGCCAGCGUCUACGACGAGGUGGAAAGUGGCAUGACGCUGCUCGGGGCCACGGCCAUCGAAGACAAGCUCCAGCAGGGCGUGCCCGAGACCAUCGCCCUCCUGACUCUGGCCAACAUCAAGAUCUGGGUGCUGACGGGCGACAAGCAGGAGACCGCCGUGAACAUCGGCUACUCCUGCAAGAUGCUGACGGACGACAUGACCGAGGUGUUCGUGGUCACGGGGCACACGGUGCUGGAGGUGCGGGAGGAACUCAGGAAGGCCCGCGAGAGGAUGAUGGACUCCCAGCCCCCCGCGGGCAACGGCUUCUCUUCGCCGGAGAAAGUGUCUUCGGCCCAGCUGACGUCGAUGCUCGAGGCCAUCGCCGGGGAGUACGCGCUCGUCGUCAACGGGCACAGCCUGGCCCACGCGCUGGAGGCCGACAUGGAGCUGGAGUUCCUGGAGACGGCCUGCGCCUGCAAGACGGUCAUCUGCUGCCGCGUCACCCCCCUGCAGAAGGCCCAGGUGGUGGAGCUGGUCAAGAAGCACAAGAAGGCCGUGACGCUGGCCAUCGGGGACGGGGCCAACGACGUCAGCAUGAUCAAGACCGCCCACAUCGGGGUGGGCAUCAGCGGGCAGGAGGGCAUCCAGGCGGUGCUGGCGUCCGACUACUCCUUCUCGCAGUUCAAGUUCCUGCAGCGCCUCCUGCUAGUGCACGGCCGCUGGUCCUACCUGCGCAUGUGCAAGUUCCUCUGUUACUUCUUCUACAAGAACUUCGCCUUCACCAUGGUCCACUUCUGGUUCGGCUUCUUCUGCGGCUUCUCGGCCCAGACGGUGUACGACCAGUAUUUCAUCACCCUCUACAACAUCGUCUACACCUCCCUGCCCGUCCUGGCCAUGGGCGUCUUCGACCAGGACGUGCCGGAGCAGCGCAGCCUGGAGUACCCCAAGCUGUACGAGCCCGGCCAGCUCAACCUGCUGUUCAACAAGCGCGAGUUCUUCAUCUGCAUCGGCCAGGGCAUCUACACGUCCGUCCUCCUGUUCUUCGUCCCCUACGGCGCCCUGGCCCACGCCACGCGCGACAGCGGCCCGCAGCUGGCCGACUACCAGUCCUUCGCCGUCACCGUGGCCACCUCGCUGGUCAUCGUGGUCAGCGUGCAGAUCGGGCUGGACACGGGCUACUGGACGGCCAUCAACCACUUCUUCAUCUGGGGCAGCCUAGCCGUCUACUUCGCCAUCCUCUUCGCCAUGCACAGCGACGGGCUCUUCGCCAUGUUCCCCAACCAGUUCCGCUUCGUGGGGAACGCGGCCAACACGCUGGGCCAGCCGUCGGUGUGGCUGACCAUCGUGCUGACCGCCGUGGUCUGCGUCGUGCCCGUCCUCGCCUUCCGCUUCCUCAAGCUGGACCUCAAACCCGAGCUGUCCGACACGGUGCGCUACACGCAGCUGGUGCGGAAGAAGCAGAAGGCGCAGCAUCGGUUCAUGCGCCGGGUGGGCCGCACGGGGUCUCGGCGCUCCGGCUACGCCUUCUCCCACCAGGAGGGCUUCGGCGAGCUCAUCAUGUCCGGCAAGAACAUGCGCUUCAGCUCCCUGGCGCUGGCCGGCUUCGCCACCCGCCCGGGCUCCGGGUGGAUGGACACCCUGCGCCGCGCCAAGAACCCCGCCGGCCCCGCCAGCCCCGCCGCCCCCGCCAGCCCCGCCGCCCCCGCCAGCCCCGUCGGCGCCGCCGGCGGGGGCGACCGGACCCUCAGGGGCUGAGCGGGACCGCCCCCCUCCCCGCCCGGCCCCAAGCGACCAAAGUGAGCGAGCGAGCAGCCCGCCACGGACGGACGGUCG